UGGAUUACGUUUAUGGGUUGUUGAUAUUCAUCCAUCCUAUAGAAAUUCCUAACAGUUAAGUUUUCAAAUUGAUAUACGAUGUUAACUGCUGGACAAUGAUUUUACUGAGGAGUCGAUCUUUUGCGAAGCUUGUGUGAGAUCUUUGGGGACUUUAAUUUUGUUAAAAUGGAAAAACGUCUGUCAUUUCUGGUUUCCGGGGAAUGUUAGGGAAAAGAAAUGAGAAUGAAAUUUUGACUGUUGAUUAUUAAUUAGUUAAUCCUGGUAUAAAUAAUAGAAAAGCUUACAUUUUAGCUUGCUUUAUGUGUUCCAAUGAUCAUUUGGGAUAUGCAAGUUCUGUUGUUAUUUAAUUGAAUGGAGCGUCUUCUGAUAAAUAGUGACAUGUUGAACUACAGUUCGGAUAUUGAAGGUUAUGAUAUUAGAUGUGACAAUAUAGCGGAGAAAGAUGUCAGUGAUGAAGACAUUGAAGCAGAAGAAUUGGAGAGGCGGAUGUGGAAGGAUCGUAUCAAACUCAAAAGGCUCAAGGAAAAACAGAAGCUUGCAGCUCAGCAAGCUGCCGAGAAGCAAAAGUCCAGGCAGUCCACUGAUCAAGCUCGCAGGAAGAAAAUGUCCAGAGCACAAGAUGGGAUUCUUAAGUAUAUGCUGAAGCUUAUGGAAGUCUGCAAAGCUCGUGGAUUUGUGUAUGGAAUCAUUCCUGAGAAGGGCAAGCCAGUUAGUGGUUCUUCCGAUAACAUUAGAGCUUGGUGGAAAGAGAAGGUAAAGUUUGAUAAGAAUGGCCCCGCAGCCAUAGCCAAGUAUGAAGCAGAGUGUCUUGCUAUGAGUGAGGCCGAUAAUAACCAGAAUGGGAACUCUCAGAGCAUUCUCCAAGACCUGCAAGAUGCAACGCUAGGGUCACUCUUAUCUUCAUUGAUGCAACAUUGUGAUCCUCCUCAGAGGAAGUAUCCAUUGGAAAAAGGUAUUCCCCCACCUUGGUGGCCAACUGGGAAUGAAGAUUGGUGGGUUCAUUUGAAUUUACCUCAUGGUCAGAGUCCUCCUUAUAAGAAGCCACAUGAUUUGAAGAAGAUGUGGAAAGUGGGAGUGCUAACUGCUGUAAUAAAGCACAUGUCACCUAAUAUUGCAAAAAUAAGGAGGCAUGUUCGGCAGUCAAAAUGCUUGCAAGACAAGAUGACAGCAAAGGAAAGUGCAAUUUGGUUGGGGGUAUUAAGUCGAGAAGAAGCUCUUAUCAGACAGCCUAGUAGUGACAAUGGUAAUUCUGGAGUAACCGAAAUGCCACCUGGUGUUCCUGUUGAGAAUAAGCAAGCUGCCGCUAGUAGUGCUAGCAACUAUGAUGUUGAUGUUGCCGAUGAUGGUGUUGGUUCUGUUUCUUCUAAAGAAGAUAGGAGAAAUCAGUUUAUGGAUAUCGAAUCAUCAGAUAACUUGCGAAGGAAUUCUGUCCAAGAUAAAGAUCAACCUAAGAAACCAAGGAAAAAAAGACCUCGUUUGAGGUCAGGCACCACUGACAAACUACCAGCUCAAUCUGACAAUGAAAUUUUACAUGUUGAACCAGUAACCAUUCUGCCUAAUAUGAACGAGACAGAUGCACAGGUAGUUGGACUCCAGAUUCAUGAAAAUGAGCAAGGCAUCGAUACAAAUUCUGCUUUGAGACCUCUGCAAAAAGGACUUGAGAUGCCAGCUCAACUACCAGUACCUGAGUUUGAUCAUUACUCUUAUCUUCAUUCGAACAACAUAAUUUCCUCUGAAAGCUUGUAUAUGAGUGGAAGGCCAUUGCCCUAUCCUGAGUUGCAAAACCCUGACAUGCAUCACGAAACUACUUAUAAUCUUUAUAAUCCGGCAGCAGGAUAUGGGCCUAGUCAGGAUGGGCUGCAGCUACAGUCUGGGAAUAGUGGACCAAUUCGGCCAGAGAAAGAUGAAGUCUCUAUGCCAGCAGUACAUAUGAAAGGGGAUGAAAUUACUGGAGGAGACUUGCAAUUUUUCGGUAAAGACGCAUUUCAAAAUGAACUUGAUAGACCUAUAGAUCACUCUUUCUUUGGAUCGCCAAUCAGUGGCAUGUCAUUAGAUUUUGGAGGACUCAACAGUCCACAAUUCCAUUUAGAUGAUUUCUUGGGUGAUGAUGAAAUGAUCCAGUACUUUGGAGCAUAGAUUAUUGGAACCAGUGUCUCAGCAGAGAUUGAACUACAAAAAUUCCAGCACUUGUUGCUAAGAUGGGUGAAGGUUCCCAAGAUUGGUGGUAGUGUUUAUGCAGUUUGAUGUUGAAAGAUAUAAUCUUAACACUGACAAGUCAUUAAUUUACAGAAGUGGAAGAACGGAAGCAUGAAUGUUGUUCCAUUGAUUACCCCAUUUUCAAAUCAAUAAAUAUGUUUGGGUUUCAUGUAAAUGUGUCAAUUGCUGAACUGGCUAAAUCAUAUUGAAUGUUUAGGUAAAUUUCUGUGGAAUAGGGUUGCCUCUAUAUUUAAUAAAAUUAUCAUUGGC